UAGGGAACCGGAGUCGGUUAUCUUAUCUUGUAUCGGUAGGGGGCGCCACAGGAAAAUGCGGUCCAUUACAAAAUUGAUAAAGCCUGAGAAGAUGGAUAAUCAGCAUCCAUUCUCGAAUACGAUAUCGCAGAUCAUACACGUUUCAUUUACUAUCUUUUACUUACUAUGGCAUCUAAUUGUGGUGAUAUGACCAUACCCGAACUUAGGAAAGAGUUAGAAAAGUUUGGAGCAAAGAAAUCAGGAAGGAAGUGGGAACUUGUGGAGAGACUUGAAGCCUACAGAAGAAAUGCACAUUGUGCUAGGACCGAUGUCUCUGGACCUGAAUUUAUGAUGAUGACGCCAGAUCCACAACUCUACAAGGACCUUCAUGGCGACAAGAUUUUUCCAGGAUGCACCAAGGCAGAAAUUUCCACUUUCUUGUCAAAGUUUAAUAAGACAACUGAUAAGAAAGGAAGGGAUAUGUAUAACGAUGGAUUUAUCCAGUAUGUGAGGGUGACAUUUCAUGAUUCACAUUGGUUUGUUAGAAGCAGUGUAAAAGCUUCAAUGAUGAAGUCUGUGAAGUACGUUGUUGAUAUUAUGAUUGGAAAAGACAGAAGUGUUGUGGAGUCUCAAUGUGAGUGUGCAGCAGGUAUGGGACCCGAUGCACAUUGCAAACAUGUCUGUGCUGUACUUUUUUCAUGUGCAGAUUUUGUUAAGCAUGGGACUUAUAAAACGGAACUCACCUGCACACAGAGAUUACAAACUUUUCAUCGUGCUAAGCCCCAUAAAGGAAGCCCUUUGAAAGCAAGACAACUGGACAUGCCAGGCUGUGACGAAGUAUGUAAUAACGACUAUGACCCUCGUCCAGUUGAAUUUAGAGGCAAUCCGGGAUACCAGUCUCACUUUAGAAAUGUGUGUCUGAAUUACCAAGGUAUAAGUAGGACCCCAAUUUUUCAGCUGUAUGAACCAGUAAAUAUGAAAGCUUACAACCUGGAUCAUGACUAUCUGAAAGAUACAUUUAGUGAGACUCAUUUGAAACUUUUGAAUGUAUCAGAAAUUUCAGAGGAGAGUGCACGUCAAGUUAUGGUAAAAACAGCAACACAAGCGGCCAGUGACCUUUGGUUUGAGGAACGUUGCAAACGUCUGCAUUCCUCAGUGUUCGGUAGAAUAUGCAAAGCAACUGAUCGAACUGAUAAAGUGAAACUUGCUGACUUCCUAACAACAAAGGGACAAAAAAUCAAUGCCAAACCUAUUCUUCAUGGAAGAAAAUAUGAAAAAGAAGCUGUGAAGAAGUAUCAGGAAAUUUCGGGACGCACAGUUUACGACAGUGGAAUUUGUGUCAGUCUGGGGUCUCCUCAUUUAGCAGCAACCCCAGAUGGCAUUAUUGAUGAUGACACCUUGAUAGAAGUAAAAUGUCCAUAUGUGGCCAGGAACAAUUUUAUUUCUUCAAAAACAGUUCCUUAUAUUAAGCAAUGUGGAAAUAAAUUUCAUCUGAAUAAAUCCCAUGACUACUACUAUCAGGUCCAAGGACAACUUUUCUGUGCAGAGAAAAAGGAGUGUAUAUUUAUUGUAUACACUUUCAAUGAUUUUCUGUUCUUUGAAAUUGAAAGGAAUGAUAAAUUUAUUGAUGAGAUGAAGAUAAAAUUGAAUCAAUUCUAUGAAGAUUUUUUUAAGUCUGCUCUAUUGGAAAAAACAUUUUUCAAGACAUAUGAUGGUAAAUGUACUUGCAAUAAAAGAUGAAACAUGAACUAAGGCUUUAUUCUCUUUUUCUUUUUAUUCUCAUUUUUAUUGGUGAAUUAUGCAUAA